UAGCAAAAAAAUCGUGUGUGUCAGGAACGGUUCGUCGCUGUUGAGUUUUUCGGAAAAUUUUGUACAAUAUCGGCCCGGAACCCGUUCGAAUCUGCAAGUAAUCUAAAGUGUACGGUCCGCGGUACUUCCGGUGAUAGUUGGAUUGUGUCCGGGUGCUGGCUAAAGGGGUCAAAACAGUUCGGAAAGCUGCAACAAAAUCUCGUAAGCCUGGAAGCUGCGCACCAAUACUGCCUUGCACACGCACGUAAAUCUGGAUCGCGUAAACGAGUCCUCAGGAGAGCUUGGAAACCGAGAAUUUCGGAAGCAACAAGUGGCUAAAACGGAGUGUGGGAUUUGGUGGUCAAAAGUCCGGAAAAAGUGAAUGUUAUUGUUAGCGGAAGUUCCGAUUCAGGGCAGAGAACGAUUCUGUCCGCAUUUCGGUGAACAAUUUCGUCGAAAUAACGCUUUGAGGGGAAAAUAUUUUCAGAAGUGCUACUGGUUUUGACAUUUCGACUGGGAAUUGAUGUUGGAUUUUGGGUCUGUUACCAAUACUAGUGAGAGCUCACGGAACGGGUUUUUUUGGAAGUUUUGAUCCCCACGGGCGGAUCUUGCACCAACACUUGAGGAUCGGAAGAAUCGUAUUAGGUUUAUGAUUUCGUAUUGGAAGUUUUAUGCUACGCUGAUUGAUUUUGGAGCUGUAGGAUUGGCAUAGCAGUUGGCGCGGAUUCCGUGAAACUAGGAUCAGCCGCCUUAACUGAAGGAUACUUGAGGGGCUGAAACGGAUUAGGUGCAGUUGAUGCUUUCUAGAAUCGGUUGAAUGAAAUUUAUUCUGAAGAUUUCAAACAUGCACAAACUCACGGCAGCAUUUUCACUGCACCGGUCGCACAUUCGGGCGACGCAAGAUUGAACACGCAUCGUGGGACCAAGGUGUGAUUCCGAGACGUCCCUGAAGCAUAUUUUAUUCAGAUAAUUCGCCACACACACAACAACAACAAAAAACUGACGCCGCACAUGGUUCUCCAGAACGAAAAGUCCGGUUCAGCAGCCAUCGGCUGUUGUGGUGGUGGUGGCAGUGCUGGUACAAGCGCUAGUGGAUCCAGUAACAGCUUGUUGGGAGCGAUUUCCGGUUCCGAUAAUGACGGUGGGUCAACGACGGCGACCGGUUCCAUCAUCAUGUCUGCUGGUGGAGGAAGUUCGUCGUCAGCAUCAGGAGGCGGUGGAGGUAGCAACGAACAACCGGUGAUCAAACGGCAGCGGAUAGAAAGCUCUAGCGAUCAUCAUCAUCCUCCGCCGGAUGUGGUGGAUAGCAGUAGUGGUGUUGUUGGAGGAGGGCUUGGAUUGAAUACCACCGGAAGCAGUACGGCUAGCUCCAGUGGCAAUUCGUCGAACGGAUCGAAUUCCCUGGUGGCUUCGACAUGUUCCAGUUCGACGUCGUUAUCUUCGUCACCUCCAACGACUUGUUCCUCAUCAGGCGCUUCCAGCUCUGGCGGUGGUGGCAGUUUAGUAGAGAAGGCGCUCGGGAAUGAGGGAAGAUCCAGUGUCGGUGGUUCAGAUGAGGAUUUGAUUCUGAAACAGGUGCAAGAUUAUCAGGCCUUGUUUCAAGAAGCCAUUGCCAACCAGUGUUUGUGCGGUUUGGACACUAGCGUACUGCUGAUGUCCUUCCAGUCGUAUCAUGUGCAAGUGGGCGGAUUGAUUGGAGAUCGGAGUAGAGGACGAGGCGGUGGACUGAUGAGGCAACUGUUGCCGCUUAUCGAGUGGCCAUUCGAUUAUUUGCUGAAGUUUCUAUCAAACGUGCAGCUACUAUUCGAUACGUACUUGAAGCAGAACAUCAAGGGUAACAUCUGUUCCGGAGUAAUGGAUCUGUGCAAUUAUCUGAUCCGGAGCGAGCAUCAGAACCCAGAAACGGAUUUUGUUUCGAUGAACAUAGAUGAGAUUAUAGGUCUUUGUAAUUAUAAUAAUAAGUUUAUCAACUACUUGUCGGGAAGGAUAUUGUCCUCGUUUUUAAUUAUCAUUAAGGAUGAUCUGGACGAUCGAUGGCUCGAGAAGAUUGUGGCAAAUCUUUUUGAUUUCAACCAACUAGACAUAUUAGCGGUUAAGAAGAUAAACUUUAGUCUAGAUAUCAUUAAACAGAUAGUAGAAUGGAGAGAUGAGGCAGAGCACCCGCUGGAGGAAGAUAUGCAUGGUCAACCUGCGAGUGGUUUCAGUGGUAACAAUCCUGGACCGUUCAGCUCAGGGGUAACGUUUCAUCCGCCUCCUCUGGAAAAUAAUUACUUCGCAACUCACUAUAGCUCGCAACAACCUUCAACGAGUACCAGUAACCUGUUCAGUCCACCAAACGCCUCUUCGCCAAAUUCGAAAUCGGAUACGUCACCUACGAUGGAUCAUUCGCAUUCGGUUGGGCACAUUUCCCCGCAAGAUCAAUCAUUCCCACCGGCAGCCUCUCAUCUUGGUCAGCUAUGUCAUAUUAUUACCCUGACGGAUUCGGAAAGUUUCGACACCUCACGAAUUAAGUGCGAAACCAUAUCGAUACUGGGUAACAAAUGGCCAGCCCUGGUUAAGAACAUAAGCGUUAUGAUCCGUGCCGUUUCCCAACCUCAACACGCACAAACUCUAACAGCUGUUGCUACCGAAACCUGCAUCCUAACUUUCCUACAGCUAUGGGAGAGCAUAAUCAGUGUGAAGGCCAAUCUUUCGGUGGUGGAAACGCAACCGUUCCAAUCGCAGCUGGAUCAUUUUCAGUUGUUGCUUCUUUCGACCAAAAACUCUGUUAUCUACAAGCAGAUGUUGUCCCUGUUCAAUGAAGCUCUCUGCUAUGGAAGCACGUUGGCGUUACAGGAUUUCAUACCGGAAGAGGUUGGAAGUCUUGCUCACAAUGUAGUUCGUUCCGUCAAGGAUCAUCGGAUAUUGGAUAAAAUGCCCAAAAGUACGUAUUCCAGUCCGUUGGGUUUUGUCGGAUACCGGGGACAAUUGUUGCGCUACCAGGAUGAUCGAUUAUCGUUGGAUCAGGAUCAAAGCGGUAGAGCCAAUCCUGCGGCUGCUGGCCCUCAGCCUGGUAGUUCAACUAGUAGUAGUAGUAGCGGCCCAAGUAGUGCUGUUAAUACUCACAGUAAUAGUUCCCGCUUCGACCGGACGUUGAUGCAAAAAAUGGCUCUAUUGGUGCUAAAAGCCGUUGCCGUUAUCGUAAAAGAGAUCCGCUGCGACUCUAGCGAUUCAAGUGUGGACAGCAGCGAUUUUGAUAUGCAGGAAAUACAGAUGAUAGAGCGUAGCAUACGGGAUGUGGUUAAAAAGCUAGAAAUAUUCCUCAAAAUUCAGCUCGAAUUUCAUCCGGACAAUCACUUCAGCAAAGUGUUAAUACACCUUUUCGACGACCAGGACGACUAUCUCGUGGAAGCCAUGGUGUGUACGCUGGACGUCACAUCUGGAAUCUCGUUUCGCAACAAUGCUUUCCCCGAACUCAUUGCCAUCCUCAAUCCAGUGUACACUUUCAUCGAAUUUUCCAACCUGGGACCGAACAUUACCAGACUCUUUCUGGAUCUGCUGAUCAGCACCGAAACCUGUUUCCUGCUGUAUUUGCUGCGAUUUCUGAAGUACAUCCGCCAGAACUGGUCCAUGUUCACGGCCAGCUGUCUAACGUACUACCAGCACAACAGCUACAACAAUCCGGCGGCAACGACGUUGCUGCAAAGCGUUCGUAGCAAUAGUGGGGGUGGUCCCAGUAACAUCGUCCUGAACAACAACUCUAACAACGUAAUCUUGGACAGCGUCAUGACGGUGCUGAUCAGUUUGCGGCUACAAAUCAGUCGACUUGUUGCCGAUACACUUUUCCCGUACAACAUUGGACCGAUUCUGCGGUUGAUUGAAAACUGUGAGAGUCUGUACGAAGGUAACGAGCUGAGUUGAGAGUUUCGCCAAGAAAACAAUGGAGUCGAAAGUACGGUAAAUAAGCUACGGGACAAGAAGAUUUUAUUUUAUCCUUUCCGGUUCAAAAUUAUACAAAAUUUUUAUAAAUACCGUUAAAUACCGUCGCUUCUGUUAACUUCGUUUAAAAUUAUAAAAUUAUAAACUCAAAUCAAUUUACUCAAUCAAAUUAAGGAGAUUAUUUAUUUACAUAUCCCUUUAAAGCUCUGAUUUCAAUCUUGAACCUUGAUUCUUGAUUCUCGAUUCUUGAUUUCUGAUUCUUUUGAUUUUAGUCCUUUUACUUUGCUUACUACCCUAAUUUCAAGCUAAACCCAUCGUUUCGAUGCUCCGUAUUUAACUUCUUAUCAGAUUUUCUUUUAUUAAUUGUAAAUCACAAAAUUUCUCUCGCGAAAAUUCAGAUAAAACACCAUUCGGUUUAAAAUUAUCGGAAAAAUUCCUCUAUUAAAAAUUAUUAUAAGUUCAAAAUUAUCGUUAAGUAAGCGAGAGUUCCAAAUUUUAAUUUUGCGACAAUAAAUUGACACAUAAAGAAGAAGUGCCUUACGUACAUAACCUUAAUGCUUCCAACAAGUUCCAGUACAUUUUACACACAGUGAUUGAUAGAGAUACAAUGUAUGUAAUUUGUGAGUGUGAGAGAUGGAAAAAGAUUUUAGACAAUAGCUGUAUAAACUAGGUAGGUAGCAGUAACUAACGAAUGAGACGUUCCAUUUAGCUAUGCGCAGACUGAUUUUUUUAAAAUGCAAACACAAUGAAAAAAACCGUGUACAGACUUUGAAUGUUGUACAGCUAGGCACAGUGGAAGGAUGACAAAUUUGAAAAAAAAAGUCAAGUUAAUCAAAAUUUUAACGUUCGUUUUAAUUUAAGCGUAAAAUCAAAAGUGUCCUGUUUGUUGAAGGAAUGUUUUAUUUAUGUCUAGGUUAAGAUAUUCGCGGCUUUCUUUGCUGAUCGAGAUAAUUUAUAUCGUUUGUGGAAAAAAAACUCCGUGUUUUGUACAGUUGUACACAUUUUAGGCGAGCAACCAUAGCAGAUACCGGCAUCAGAGUAUUUGCUGGAUCGGUUAGUUUUAAGGUUACAACCUGCAUAGAUUUACAGAAAAACAAAGCAUUGUGUAAAGUAAUUUAUAUUUGAAAAAAAUCCAUCCCGCCUCCCUUCUUAUACUUGUACAGAUGACCUGCAAAUAAAAAGCUAUUUAAUUUUCUUGAA